GAGAAUACAAGGAGAAGCUUCGAGGAGAAGCCAAGAGAAGCUUCGAGGAGAAUACAAGGAGAAGCUUCGAGGAGAAGCCAAGAGAAGCUUCGAGGAGAAUGCAAGGAGAAGCUUCGAGGAGAAUACAAGGAGAAGCUUCGAGGAGAAUACAAGGAGAAGCUUCGAGGAGAAGCCAAGAGAAGCUUCGAGGAGAAUACAAGGAGAAGCUUCGAGGAGAAGCCAAGAGAAGCUUCGAGGAGAAUGCAAGGAGAAGCUUCGAGGAGAAUACAAGGAGAAGCUUCGAGGAGAAUACAAGGAGAAGCUUCGAGGAGAAGCCAAGAGAAGCUUCGAGGAGAAUACAAGGAGAAGCUUCGAGGAGAAGCCAAGAGAAGCUUCGAGGAGAAUGCAAGGAGAAGCUUCGAGGAGAAUACAAGGAGAAGCUUCGAGGAGAAUACAAGGAGAAGCUUCGAGGAGAAGCCAAGAGAAGCUUCGAGGAGAAUACAAGGAGAAGCUUCGAGGAGAAGCCAAGAGAAGCUUCGAGGAGAAUGCAAGGAGAAGCUUCGAGGAGAAUACAAGGAGAAGCUUCGAGGAGAAUACAAGGAGAAGCUUCGAGGAGAAGCCAAGAGAAGCUUCGAGGAGAAUACAAGGAGAAGCUUCGAGGAGAAGCCAAGAGAAGCUUCGAGGAGAAUGCAAGGAGAAGCUUCGAGGAGAAUACAAGGAGAAGCUUCGAGGAGAAUACAAGGAGAAGUUUCAAGCUGUGAUGUCACCGAGUUAAAUGCGCUUAAAAGUAUGAGUUAA